UUAGCGCUCUCUUCGAUGCAGAUAACGAUCGGCUUGGACAACCCCCUCACGCAGACUUACAUGGUGCACGCGGCGUUGCUCGCUAUAAAGCUGCUGGCUCUCAGUCCAUUAGCCGCCAUGACGUGGGUGAACAAGGGCAUAUUCGACAACCCAGACAUCGUGCGGCGAGCCUACCUAUCAGAACUCAAGAACCUAGCCCCAUUCUGGAUAGUUGGAGCUCUAUACGUGACCACCAACCCCCCCACAAGUCUAGGCGUCACGUUGUUCAGGCUCUACAGCAUAGCAAGGCUGGUGGUGAUACUAGGAUACGCAACGAAACCACUGCCAGUUUUCUUCACUGAUCUAGCGCUGAUCGGUUCGUACUUCAUAACGUGUUACAUGUCGGUCUGGGUGGUGUAUUUCUAUAGGAAGGCUUUGUGA